AUGGGUUGGAACUUGAGAGGAACCCAGCAUCAGGGCGCCCUGGAGCCUCAGCUGCCCAGGUCAGAGGAGAAGGAGGCCAGAAGAACUGAGCAGAGGAACCAACCCAGUCGAGAGUUCACCAACACCCAGACCACCAAACCGUAUUAUAAGAGGAAUAAGGAGGAAAUGUGCAAAAUAGGAAAAAGGAAAGCAUCAUUAGCAGCUGAUGUCUCCAAGCUUGGAUAUAGUACCACAUCCAAUCACAAGUAUAUUCCCCGGAGGGCAGUGCUCUAUGUACCUGGAAAUGAUGAAAAGAAAAUAAAGAAGAUUCCAUCCCUGAAUGUAGAUUGUGCAGUGCUUGACUGUGAGGAUGGUGUGGCUGCAAACAAGAAGAAUGAAGCUCGACUGAGAAUAGUAAAAACUCUUGAAGGCUUUGAUCUGGGCCCAACUGAAAAGUGUGUGAGAGUCAACUCAGUGUCCAGUGGUCUGGCCGAAGAAGACCUGGAGACCCUUCUGCAGUCCCGGGUCCUUCCUUCCAGCCUGAUGCUACCAAAGGUGGAGAGUCCUGAAGAAAUCCAGUGGUUUUCAGACAAAUUUUCAUCCCACUUAAAAGGCCGAAAACUUGAACAACCAAUGAAUUUAAUCCCUUUUGUGGAAACUGCAAUGGGUUUGCUCAAUUUUAAGGCAGUGUGUGAAGAAACACUAAAGAUCGGGCCUCGAGUAGGUCUAUCUCUAGAUGCGGUUGUUUUUGGAGGAGAAGACUUUCGAGCCAGCAUAGGUGCAACAAGUAGUAAAGAAACCCAGGAUAUUCUCUAUGCCCGACAAAAGAUUAUUGUCGUCGCAAAGGCCUUUGGUCUACAAGCCAUAGAUCUGGUGUACAUUGACUUUCGGGAUGUAGACGGGCUUCUCCGACAGUCGAGAGAAGGAGUCGCAAUGGGCUUCACUGGUAAGCAAGUGAUCCAUCCUAACCAAAUUGCGGUGGUCCAGGAGCAGUUUUCUCCUUCCCCUGAAAAAACUAAGUGGGCUGAAGAGCUGAUUGCUGCCUUUAAAGAACAUCAGCAAUUAGGGAAGGGAGCCUUUACUUUCCAAGGGAGUAUGAUCGACAUGCCAUUACUGAAGCAGGCCCAGAACAUUGUUACGCUUGCCACAUCCAUCAAGAAAAAAUGAUCUGUUAAAUGAAGCUCUCAUCAGGCUAAAGGGUAUUGAAGCCGCGGAGGAUCAACUUGUGCUUGCCAGAGGACGCCAAUGAAGUUUGAAACACCAACAAUCAGAGAUUUUGUUUCUGUUCCUCAUUAAAUCAUGAGCUUUUGUGUUGAGA